ACUUUCAUGAUUUGGAUGGCUAGAUCUGAAGUAGAAGUACUGUACUCGAACGUUGACCAUAUCAAAGAUGGCAUUGCGGACUUAGCUGCCGGUACAGUAGGUGGCAUUGUAAACGUAGCUACUGGACAACCGUUAGAUACUGUGAAAGUUAAAAUGCAGACAUUUCCAACUUUUUAUCCAAAAGCUAUGCGAUGCUUUGAAUCAAUUUUACGACUAGACGGUAUACGAGGAUUAUAUGCAGGUAUUAUGCCCGCUCUAGCAGCAAAUAUCGCUGAAAAUGCUAUUCUUUUCACUGCUUACGGAUAUUGUAGAAAGGUGGUUGCAUUUUGCAUUGGGCGAUCAAAUCUGGAAGAUAUGACGCCAGUUGAAAAUGCUUUAUCCGGUUCAUUGGCGUCCAUUUUUGCAGCAAUGGCUAUUUGUCCAACGGAGCUUGUCAAAUGCAAAUUGCAAGCCCAGAGGGAAACUUUUCCUGGAAUACGAAGGCAAACCACUCCUUUCUCAGUGUGUCGUGAUAUGUAUCAAGCGGAUGGUUUAAGGGCAUUUUAUACUGGUAUGUUAUCAACUUUAUACCGUGAAGCGAUUGGAUAUUUCUUCUUUUUUGGUGCAUAUGAAUUAUCCAGGUUUUAUUUGACACCGGAAGGAAAAUCGAAAUCUGAAAUUGGUAUUUUACGGACAGCGUUAUCCGGAGGAAUCGCUGGUGUAGUAUUAUGGAGUGCUGUUUAUCCCGUGGACGUAGUUAAAUCGCGUGUGCAAAUUGCUGGCUCAGGAGGUUUCAUUAAUAUAUUUCGCAAUAUUAUCAAAAACGAAGGUAUACGAACACUAUACAAUGGACUAACAAUUACAUUGGUUCGUGCAUUCUGUGCAACUGGUUGUCUAUUUGUGAGUUACGAGAAUUCAAAGUUAUUAUUUAGAGCGUGUUUGUCAUGAUUCUUAUUCGAGCGUUGUGUAUUGAAAAGUUCAUGAAUUUUGGAUGUUGAAAUAAUAUCAGUGUCACGAUUAAUGAUAGUUUUUGAAGUUCGUGCUUUAAAUUUUUCCAGUGAUAUCUUUUUUCUACAGUUUCUUGAUUUCAUGCUCUUAAAACGCAGUUGAUGAAUUUAACAUUCAACUACUCAAAAAUUAAUUGUAAUCUUUAAACGAAACAAUGAAAUUUUUAUUCACAAUGGAUCUUUUUAGCGAAAUUUUAAAUGUGUCAAGAUUUAUUCAGAAUUAAAGACUUCUUAGGUAAUAUAUGGAGGUAUUGUACUUCUUUUGAGUGAAAUCGCAAGAUUAGAUGGAAGCAGUGAAUUAUCCACUUCAUCAGAAUUCAUUUUUACUGUAUCAGGAUUGUUAUUGCAAUGCCAUAAUCCUGUUAUCAUUAUGGUUCAGACUUUCAAGACAAUGUAAUCUGACUGAGAUGAAAUUCGGUUUGAAAUUAAAAAUUUGGCCAAGCUGUGUUUACUAUUACUAGACUAAUUUUGGAUUAAAGUUGCUGUUUUAUGUUUGAUCUUGCUAUAUAAGGCAAUAAUUGCUGCCAAAAAAAAUACAGAUGAGAUGACUGGAGGACAGGGAUUGUAUUAUUGCUUGGUGAGGAGAAGCAACGGGCAAGAAUCAGUUUGUCUGACAUGUUUUUCUGUAGUUUUGUCCCAGGCCUGUAUAUGAUUUAUGUGAUUCAAUGUCUUAUUAAACUUUUUUCUUUUAUUAAUUCAUUAUUAGAAUUUGAGCCAAAAAUUAUAUGUGUAUAAUACAUAUAUCGGCAUUUCUUCCUUGUAUUUUUC